ACCUCAGCCUCCCAAAGUGCUGGCAUUACAGGCCUGAGCUACUGCGCCCAGCCAGAGAUUUGUUUCUUACCCAUUAAAAGAACUACUUUGAGUAUGUGUGAUAAGUAAAUUGGUACCAAUUUAUGGGAUUUAAAACAACUCAAUGCUGGAUUGAAUUGUUUGAACAUAAGCCUGUUUGCCAGAGUGAAUGCUGGGAAACUGGGUUACGUAAGUCAAGGUCAAGGCGGACACUUUGCAGAAGAGAGUGGUUAAAGUUUUAAAUGGCACUGAGAAGUAAAGUAACAUAAGGGCUGAGCAAUUAUAAAUAUCACAGUUAGAUCUUUAGUCAUUACCACAAAUGUUGCUGAGGAAUGUGCUGAAACAUGUUAUUUGGUGGAGAAUACUUUGGAGCCCCUCAUUGGAUUUUUUCUGUAGCUUUUUAAUGAAGCAUUGUUCCUGACCUGUAGUAUAGAGAUAACGUGAAAAAAGGAUUAAGAUUAAUGGAGAUUUAGGAUUCUCCUUGAUUUAAAGACUUUUAUUAGCUCUGAUGAAGUAGUGGAGCAUUGAUCCACAGUCUGCCUCAGCUUUUUUUCCUAAAAUGUGGUUUGGGCAGAAUUGAGAAAGCUAAACUUGCCAUCCGUGACAUGGGGGAAAGCUAGGCAGAAUUUUACAAGGAACUUGUGAGAAUUGCCCUAUUUGUAAUGUAUUUUUUUCUUAAAUGAAUAGUUUCUCUUUUAACACGGCAUCCUUUUUAAAUAUAACAUUGACAUUACAUCUCAGAUUUGUGCUUUUAUAACUACUGCUACGUCUAACUGAAAUCUCCUCUUGAAAUAGUCAGGUCAGCUGUCAGUUUAAGCCUUUUCCAGAUUCCCCCAGGCAUUUAGCUAUUUCCUCUUCUGUGCUCUACAAAUGCAGUUGUAUUAUAAUGAUCUGUUUACAGCUCUUUUUCCCUCUUAUUAAACUGUCACUUCAGGCUGUUAGGGCCUUGAGAGCAGGGACCUCAUCUUAUUCCCCCUUUCACAACUGUGUUUUCCCUGUGGCAGCCCUUCUGUACACAGUGGCUGUGUGAAAGGGGCUUGACCCUCACAGGUUCUUCAGAAAGUGUGCAGGGUGCUGGUAACUUUAUAAACCAAACACUUGGUUGACUUGAUGCUUCUUAGUAUCCCUCAUAAGCUUCCAUAGUCUCUUGACACAUCCCUGCUGAUUCGAUUUAUUGUUUUUCUCCUGGCAGCCAUAUGUAGAACUACCAUGCCACUGUGUGAUUAUGCAAACAUUGUACUGCAAUUUUAUUACAAAAAUGUCUGCCUUCAAACGGGGUGAUUUUAUAGCAUAUACAACAGUGAGUAAGCCUAAACCAGCUCUGCUAGAAUAAUACAAAAUUCCUUCUUAGUAAGUUUUUAGAAGUGUUUUGUUACAGCUGUCUCAGAGAAAACAGUGAAGGCUUUAUUAUAUAAUAAAUAGAAGAUCAAAUUGGUUUGGGGGUAAGGAUAGUGAGCUUAUUAUAUUUUAAUCUUCAUACAGUGUUUAUAGGUUAUGGCUUCUGUUUUUUAUUAUCUUUUCGUUUCUCUGAUUUAUGUUAAAAUAUAACAUAAAUGAGACUGUCCUUCAAUUUUAAAACUGUGGAAAAUUUAUUUCAUUGACUUCUUUAUGUUUCUGAGAAUGGAUUUGUUUUCUUUUAUUGUGUGAGGAGUUUAAACUUGAACAUAUUUGAAACUAGCAAAACCUUCACUGAAAAAAAUGAGAAAGCUCAUGAAUCACUACUCUAAAACAUAUGCAAACCCUUCUGGUUACAGCAAACUGUGUUGGCUUGCUUAUCUAUAUUUCCAAUUACAUGAUGAAACAAUUUUGUUUUCUCAACUUGAGGUGCUAUUUUUAAUUUUUGUUACAGCAGUUUCAUAGGAAAGGAAUUUGUUUUAGCACCAGUUAUGUUACGUGCUAGAUUUAGACAACUCAGUUUGAGGUAUCUAAAAAUUUUAUAUCAUUAGCAUUCUAACAAGGUAUGUACAAUAUGUUUUGUAGAAUGGUUUGCCUAUACACUGUUAAAAAAAUCACAAUUUUGGGUAAGGGGCAUGAACUGUAGAAGAAAUACAGUCGGCCAUUAAAUGUCAGUCAGCAUUUAAACAAACACUUAUUAUGUAGUAAGCACUGUUCUAAUUGCUUGACAUGGUUUUUCUCAUACAAUUAGCAGAAAAAUUUCAGGAGGAUUACAUUAUUAUGUUUAUUUUCUGAGUAAGGAAAUGGAGUCACGGGAGGCUCAGUAACCUGCCUGUGGUCAGAAAACUAUUGAGAAAAGGAGCUGGGCUUGAACUGGUGUCAUCUGACUUCAUAGCUAAUGUGCUUUUGAUCAUUAAGCUGGUCUGCCUUCUAUGUGAAUAGGCAUAUGAAGAAAGGUUAAACCUUACUUUAAAUUGAAACAUACACAUAUGCACAGUGUGGUGGCUUUAUUGCAAAUAAGAAAAAUAAUUGUCUGUAUUCAAUAUGAGGUGAGAUGUGAGGAAAGGAGAAAUUUAAUGCGCUGAGGUACAAAUAUGUGUUGUUACUUCAUUUUGGAGGAUAGUGUGUGUAAAUGUUGAAAACAUGCUCAUGCUUUGACCUAUCCAUUUCACUUCUGAGAAUUAUCCUACAUAGCUAAACACAGAAAAGCACAAAGAUGUCUCAGCAGUCAUCACAAAAGGAAAGUUAGGAAUGUAAUUGCUGACAUGGAAACCUGUCCAGAGCAUAUUAUUGAGUGAAAGCAAGCGUGUUGCAAAACAACAUGUUUUAUUUCCUUCUGUUGAAUAAAUAUAUGUUUAUGUUAUAAACUCUGGUUUGAAAUAAUGUUCACCAAAAUGUUAACCACUCAUCUUUUCUGCUAGUUAGUAUGCCUUAGUAAUCAAAUGUCUGGACAGCACAGGCACUCUACCUGGGUUUGCAUCCUGUUUGAUCACUUAUUAGCAUUAUUAGCCAUAAUAAUGCUAAUUAUUAUGGGUGGGCAAAUUACUUAACUGCUUUGUGCCUUAGUUACUUCAGUAAAAUGGAGAUCACUGCUGUAGAAUCUAUCUUGUUGGGUUAUGAGGCUCACAUGAGUUUGUAAAAUGCUUAACAUAGUAAGUGAUCAAUAAAACUGAGCAACCAUCAUCAUCAUUGGUGGUGAAAGUCCAGGCAGUUUUAGCCUUUUAUAUACCUUUUAUUGGUUGAAUUUUUUGAAACAAAUAUGUAUGAUCUUGGAAAGAACAAGAAAAACUGUUUUUAGAGUCAUUUUAGUUGGUGUGCUUACAAUUUAAACAAGAAAUAUACAUUUAUUUAGAGAUAAGAUUAUUUUUAAUACUCAUUAAACGUUUUCUUCUAAAACUAUUUGCAGCCAUAUAUCGUGGUAUUUUAUCCUAUGCUAUAUGCCAAUUUUAAGGGAAUUGAAAUCAUAUUUUACUCUUAUGGCUGGAAGGCAUGCAUAAUCACAACAGAUUCUGGAGGAGCUGCCUUAAUUUGCGGCUGCAAUGACAUGUUUGAGUGUGACGUCAGUCUGGUGUCAGACUUCCAGAGUGGCAGGCCAGCCUCACAACCACAGUGUGUUUCCUCAGUGCUUCAUCCCCACAGUGCUCAUUGAGAACAGCUCAAAGACAAAGAAGUUGAAUCUUAUUUUUACUCCAGUGUCCUUUUUGCCUGUAGUUGAAUAUCCUUUUCAGGAUUGAUUUUGAUGAAGGCUGCCAUAAUGAAAGGAAAGUGACCUGCAAACAUCCAGUCACGGGACAACCAUCACAGGACAACUGUAUUUUUGUAGUGAAUGAACAGACUGUUGCAACCAUGACAUCUGAAGAAAAGAAGGAACGACCUAUAAGUAUGAUAAAUGAAGCUUCUAACUAUAAUGUGACUUCAGAUUAUGCAGUGCAUCCAAUGAGCCCUGUAGGCAGAACUUCACGAGCUUCAAAAAAAGUUCAUAAUUUUGGAAAGAGGUCAAAUUCAAUUAAAAGGAAUCCUAAUGCACCAGUGGUCAGACGCGGUUGGCUUUAUAAACAGGACAGUACUGGCAUGAAAUUGUGGAAGAAACGCUGGUUUGUGCUUUCUGACCUUUGCCUCUUUUAUUAUAGAGAUGAGAAAGAAGAGGGUAUCCUGGGAAGCAUACUGUUACCUAGUUUUCAGAUAGCUUUGCUUACCUCUGAAGAUCACAUUAAUCGCAAAUAUGCUUUUAAGGCAGCCCAUCCAAACAUGCGGACCUAUUAUUUCUGCACUGAUACAGGAAAGGAAAUGGAGUUGUGGAUGAAAGCCAUGUUAGAUGCUGCCCUAGUACAGACAGAACCUGUGAAAAGAAUUACCUUUAAUUUCCGAGUGGACAAGAUUACGUCAGAACAUGCACCAACUAAAGAAACCAAUAACCUUCCCAACCAUAGAGUGCUAAUUAAACCAGAGAUCCAAAACAAUCAGAAAAACAAGGAAAUGAGCAAAAUUGAAGAAAAAAAGGCACUAGAAGCUGAAAAAUAUGGAUUUCAGAAAGAUGGUCAAGAUAGACCCUUAACAAAAAUUAAUAGCGUAAAGUUGAAUUCUCUGCCUUCUGAGUAUGAGAGUGGGUCAGUCUGCCCUGCUCAAACUGCACACUACAGACCAGUCAACUUAAACAGUUCCGAGAACAAAAUAGUCAAUGUUAGCCUGGCAGAUCUUAGAGGUGGAAAUCACCCCAAUGCAGUGCCCUUAUACACAGAGGCUGAUCGAGUCAUACAGAGAACAAAUUCAAUGCAGCAAUUGGAACAGUGGAUUAAAAUCCAGAAGGGGAGGAGUCAUGAAGAAGAAACCAGGGGAGUAAUUUCUUACCAAACAUUACCAAGAAAUAUGCCAAGCCACAGAGCCCAGAUUAUGGCCCGCUACCCUGAAGGUUAUAGAACACUCCCAAGAAACAGCAAGACAAGGCCUGAAAGUAUCUGCAGUGUAACCCCUUCCACUCAUGACAAGAGCUUAGGACCUGGAGCAGAAGAGAAACGGAGGUCCAUGAGAGAUGACACAAUGUGGCAGCUCUACGAGUGGCAGCAGCGUCAGUUUUACAAUAAACAGAGCACCCUCCCUCGACACAGUUCUUUGAGUAGUCCCAAAACCAUGGUUAAUAUUUCUGACCAGACAAUGCACUCUAUUCCCACAUCACCUUCCCACGGGUCAAUAGCUGCUUAUCAGGGAUACUCCCCUCAACGAACUUACAGAUCGGAAGUAUCUUCACCAAUUCAGAGAGGAGAUGUGACAAUAGACCGCAGACACAGGGCCCACCACCCUAAGCAUGUCUAUGUGCCUGACAGAAGGUCAGUGCCAGCUGGCCUGACUUUACAGUCUGUUAGUCCCCAGAGCCUCCAAGGGAAAACGCCAGAGGAGCUUACACUGCUGCUAAUAAAGCUGAGACGGCAACAAGCCGAACUGAGUAGUAUCCGGGAGCAUACGUUAGCACAGCUCAUGCAGCUAAAGCUUGAGGCCCACAGCCCAAAGAAUGAAAUUCUUUCACAUCAUCUCCAAAGGAACACCAUAUAUUUGGAUCAUCAGAUGAAAGAAAAUGAACCUAUUAUCACCAUGGUUCACACAAUGAUUGAGAACUCGGCGCUAAGACCCCAACUGUACCAGCAAUUCUUAAGACAGAAGAACAAGAUAAGUCUAUAUUGUCUGUCACAAGAUGAAGGUAGAGGCACAUUAUACAAAUACAGACCUGAAGAAGUAGAUAUUGAUGCCAAGUUAAGCCGAUUAUGUGAACAAGAUAAAGUGGUGCAUGCUCUGGAAGAGAAACUUCAGCAGCUCCACAAGGAGAAAUACACGCUUGAGCAAGCUUUGCUAUCAGCCAGCCAAGAGAUAGAAAUGCAUGCAGAUAACCCAGCAGCCAUUCAGACAGUGGUGUUACAAAGGGAUGAUUUACAAAAUGGACUGCUUAGUACGUGUCGAGAACUUUCUCGAGCCACUGCCGAAUUGGAACGAGCAUGGAGAGAAUAUGAUAAGUUAGAAUACGACGUGACUGUUACCAGGAACCAGAUGCAAGAGCAGCUAGAUCACCUUGGUGAAGUUCAGACGGAAUCAGCAGGAAUUCAGCGAGCACAGAUUCAGAAAGAACUUUGGCGAAUUCAAGAUGUCAUGGAAGGACUGAGUAAACACAAGCAGCAAAGAGGUACUACAGAAAUAGGCAUGAUAGGAUCAAAGCCUUUCUCAACAGUUAAGUACAAAAAUGAGGAAGAGGAAGUAGUCCCACCUCGUCCUCCACUUCCUCGGUCCUAUGACUUUACAGAGCAGCCUCCCAUAAUCCCCCCUCUGCCCAGUGAUAGCAGCUCCUUGCUCUGUUAUAGCAGGGGCCCAGUUCAUCUGCCUGAAGAAAAGAAGAUGUAUCAAGUUCAAGGAUAUCCAAGAAAUGGAUCUCACUGUGGUCCAGAUUAUAGACUCUACAAGAGUGAACCAGAGUUAACAACAGUGGCAGAAGUUGAUGAAUCUAAUGGAGAAGAAAAAUCAGAACCUGUUUCAGAGAUAGAAACUUCAGUUGUUAAAGGUUCCCAUUUUCCUGUUGGAGUAGUACCUCCAAGAACAAAAUCACCAACACCCGAAUCUUCAACAAUAGCUUCAUAUGUGACCCUGAGGAAAACUAAGAAGAUGAUGGAUCUAAGAACGGAAAGACCAAGAAGUGCAGUGGAGCAGCUCUGUUUGGCUGAAAGUACUCGACCUAGGAUGACUGUGGAAGAGCAGAUGGAAAGAAUAAGAAGACAUCAACAAGCGUGCCUGAGGGAAAAGAAAAAAGGAUUAAAUGUUAUCGGUGCUUCAGACCCAUCACCCUUACAAAGCCCUUCAAAUUUAAGGGAUAAUCCAUUUAGGACUUCUCAGAUUCGAAGGAGGGAUGAUAACAUUAAGGAACCGGACACUGUCAUUAGAGAAAAUGAAGUAAAGCCAGACCAUGAAACUCCUGCAGCAGAAAUUGUUCAACUAAAAGAAGAUGAACCCCAAAAUGUGGACUUCAGCAAAGAGUUAAAAAAAACUGAAAUUAUUUCAUAUGAAAUGCUUUUUGAACCUGAGUCAAAUGGAGUAAAUUCUGUGGAAAUGACGGAUAAAGAAAGAAACAAAGAAAAAAUGCCUGAGGAUGUUACAUACAGCCCUCAAGAUGAGACACAGAUCACGAAUUACCAACCAGAAGACCAUCUUGAAGAAAAUACAAAGAACAAUGUUGACGAACAGGAAGAAACUGUUAUUUCUUACGAAUCAACUCCUGAGGUUUCUAGAGGAAAUCAAACAAUGGCAGUGAAAAGUCUUUCCCCAUCUCCUGAGUCCUCGGCAUCGCCUGUUCCAUCCACUCAGCCACAGCUCACAGAAGGAUCACAUUUCAUGUGUGUGUAGUCUCAGAAGAACUAUACUGAAUUCUGUUGAAACCAUUCAAAGCUAAAGACUUGGACCUUCAGCAGUGUAAGAAGAUAUUGUACAGUAUAUUUUAAAUCUAUGAAAUUCAUAGUUCUGAUGCUUCUGGUCACAGAGCAUCAUUUUAUCACCUCUGGAAAAUGUUUAUUCCAAAACAGCUUUAAUGGCCCAUAUGUACACUCCGUAAUCUCAAGGUUAUUAUUCUGACACCAGCUUGCUGCUAUGAUUUCAGAGCACAUAAGUAAAGGUGCUUUUCAAUGUGCAGUCUAUUGCCAGAGCUUACUUAGUUGCUGAUUUCCAGAUUUCGAUGUUUCUUAAGUCUAGGUGAAUUUAUAUAUUUUUUUUGCUUUUUAGUUUCUAAAGUUAGUUAUUAUUUCCAAUGAAGCUUGUUUUCCUUUUUUUUUCUUCUUCUUCUUCCCAUUUUGGCUACUGCAGUGCUUUUGUUUCACACUUGAUUUGUAAAAAUUUUAUAUAUAUAUAUAUAUAUAUAUAUAUGUUUAAAAUGUGCCAUUUUAUUGCUAAGUGAAGUAUGUCCUGUUUUCUGCUAUAAUUCUUUCUCGGUCAGAUUGCAAUGUCAGCAGUUAACUGCCACACUCCUGUCAGCUUAAACACAAAUGUUACCGCUUAUCUUUUCUUAAAAAAAAAAAAAAAAAAAAACAAUUAAAAGUGUAGGUAUUUUGAAGUACUGGGCUUAUACUUCAUUGGAAUACAUGUGUACAGCAAUAAGCAGGUUUUCAAAUCCAGUACUUAGUUUGUGUACAAAUGUAAUUAUGUUCAUUGUGUAUAUAUUAUACAAUGAGCACAUGUAAUGUAUUAAAGGCUACUUACUAUUGUUUAAAUGCAAAUGUUCAUAUCUCAUUUCUUUUUUAUCAUGUUAAAUAAAUGUUGAUGUUCUUAAAUUA